AUUCUGUGAAAGCGAAGGCGAAAUCUCUAUUGUGCGUUCUGCAAUGUUUCAUCGUUUUAAAUUUGAAUAAUCGACUGCAUUACCUCUUCAAAAUGUUUGAUUCAAGAGCAAAGCAAAGACCUCCGUCUCCUCAAAAAAUCCUUUGGUUCGAAUUUUUGCUGAAUCCCACAUUAUUAGAAAAACAUUUAUCUGACGGAAGUACAGAUCCAAGUCCAACAGACCUCAUUAUCAAGUUUUUAACUAAUUCAGUGAAUGAAAGCCACUCUGACCAAGCUAUGGGGUUGAACAAUAACCAGUACAAUAAUUCUGGAGUUUUUUCUACUGGUGUGCCUGUUAAUGGCAUGGAAGAACCGCCAUCACAAAUUGAUUUAGAUUUAAAAGAAGAAAAAAUCACAAAAAAGAAAAUUGCACUUAAACUUUUAGCUUUAAAAGUAGCUGCAUCUUUGCAAUGGGAUUUAAAUACGCUUGAAAAAAAGUUACCUUUGACAAUGCAACAAUCUCUUCUAACAGAACUAUUGACUGUGACUGGUGAUGAUUUGAGUUUUAGUGAUCCUGCAGCUACUAGUGAUUCACUGUUUGCUCGUAUUUUGUACAAUUUGUGGGUUUUGAGAGCUGUUAUUGAAGGCAGUUAUCCUGCAAAGAGUCCAAAAGGCCUAAAUGUACAACUCCCAGGAUUAAUUGAUCCAUCUAUUAUAUCACCUGCUGUGGUUGAAUCUAUUAUGAGAAAGCUUAAUGAAGAGACAGAGAGAGCAUGCAAUUUAUUAGAAGCUAUUUUAAAAAAUGGAGAUCCAGUUCGUAUGCCAUUAAUGAAUUGCUUUGGUACUUUAACUGAAGAAUGUCCAAAUCCUGAUCAUAAGUGGGAUCAAGGUCUAAUGUUAAAGUCAGAUGAUGUAAUUUGUCAGAUUUCAUAUGACUUAGGCUGCUUUUAUUUUUUCCAAGAAAAAUAUGAAGAAGCUAGUGCUCAUUUUCUUAAAGCAUCUGAUUUGUAUUCAAAAUUGGUUGUUCCGAAGUUUUGUCAUAUAAAUCCUAUGAAACUGAAGGGAUUCUAUGAUGCUUGUGCUCACAUACUUGGCUAUCAAAAGUCUGAUUCUACCACUCCAUUGAGGGAAAUUCUUCAAACUUCAGUAAAAGAAGGUCAUAAUAAAACCAUUGACAUAUUAAAAAGUGACAUUAUCAAGAUGGAACUUCCUUUGUCUCUUAGGGAUGCGGUUGAAUUAAAUAUUCUGCAAGAGCAUGAAGGAAAAACUGAUUUGCUGCUAUAUGUUGUGUUUUCCAAUGCCAUAAGACGAACAAUUAGUGGUGAAGUUGUCAUAAAUAACUGGUGUUCUCUGCUUAAAACACAUGAAGAGAAAUCAUCAUUGAUUGUUUGUGAUCUUUUAAAAGAUGUCAUUCCUGUUGCCUCACAAGAAAUGAAAUUGUUUUUAAAAAAUUUUACUAGAACAUUGUGUUUAACAUCAAUACCUGCAAAACAGCUAAUGAAGAAGUAUGAUAAAUAUUCAGAAAUGUUAUUUACAGCUGAAGAGCUUGAGACAUUAUUUGCAUACGGCCCUACUGCAAAACGAGAAAUUUAUAAGUUUGACAAGAGCUUCACUGAUGAUUUCAGUGUUCAAAUUGCUGCCUUUGAAAGACGUCUUUUGACCUGUACUGAAGCAGUUAAUAUUAAAUAUCUUGUCAAUCAGCUCAGAGCAAAAUACAACUAUCAACAUUUAUGGACACUCAAUAAAAAGUGGGAAUGUCCAGUAGCAGUUAACAUUUUCUUAAAAAAUGUUCCACCUCAUGUUGAUCAGGAAAUGAUUCAUAUACUAUUGGCUAAAGCUGCUGAACUGAGAGCUAUAAAGAAAUAUGGUGAAGCAAGACAUUUAUACCAGAUGAUCCACAGUGAAAUUAGAAAUGCCUCUCCCCGUUUGAGUCGUUUUUUGAACUGGGAACUACUGCGCCUUGAUUUACUUGAAGUCCUUGAUACACCUGUUCACAUAUGUCAGUCUUCCACUUAUCGAACUGAUAUAGUUCAAAGGAUUUUGACUCUAUUAGUGUCUUAUAAAAAAGAAAGAGGAAAAGUGCCUCCUGACCCUAACCUGAUGGAGUUAUGUGCUGCUGUGUUAUUAAAUUUUAGAGAAUGGGAAAAAUUGCUUGAACUGGAAGCUAAAAUUGAUUCAUACAUUCAGUUUUCAAAAGUCGUUGCCUCUGCAUGCAAGGAAAUGCUGAAUAAAGGAGGGAAAAAUGGUCCUCGAGAACUUUGGGAUACAAUUCUACCGAUAUUUCAAACUUCUACAUCUGUACAACAUAAACGUUCUGGUUCCGGCAUGGUGAAAGAUUCUUCUCGAGAAACAUCUCAAGCAAUUAUGACAAGCUUUAUUUUCUGUAGGUCACAAUUGCAGCAAUUUAUCAAAAAAUUAAAGGACACUCUUGUUUUGGGAAUAAUCAUUUCAUGUUUAGCUAAAUUUUACAACAUACUAAAAGAUGACUCGAUUGGCGAAAUAUUUUUGGAGUAUCAAGGUAUUUGGCCAACUAUAAUUACCAACUCAGAUGGUUUUAAUAUGACAGCUGUUGGGGAAGUAUUUCAGAGCACUCUACAUCAUGCUUUAUCAAUCCAUCCAACUCAUACUGCAUGGUUGCGAACUAAAGGUGAUGUUAUGUAUGCUCUUAUCAGUCUUCAAAAUAGCAAAAAAGCUCCAAUAGUUUCAGUGCAUGGUCAUUAUGCAUGUGCUUUAAAGUAUUACAUAUCAGCUGCUAUGGUUAGCAGUGACUUUUUCAGUUUGCCAUUGCCGAAAGCAAUUUUUGAUGACUUGCAGUUCAAACACAUGAUUCAUUGUUGUACAAAGCUGUGUAAUCAUACUCAGGCUGCUGUUCUUCAUCAGUUCCUUGAAGAGCCAAAUUACACAAUGGCCUUCAAAGCGCUUGGUGAAAGAGUGUGUAAUGAUAGUUGUGAUACUUAUUACCCAUGCAUAUGGGAUGUGACACUUUUGGAAUUCCUUGUCCAUCACCAUACAAAAAGGGGAGAAAUGGACUGCCGUCAGUAUGUGAUUCAGCUGAUUGGUCAGCUGGAAUUGAAUUCUAACAAUAAUGAAGAAAUCCAAAGAGAAGCCGCUAGUCUACGAAAAGGAUGGUUUUUAAGAGCAAUGGCAAAACAGUACUUAUAAAAAAAUGUCAAUUUUUGUAAACAUAAUUAGAAAUAUUUCCCCAUAUGAAAGUGCUUCCAAAAAUUUCUUUUUAUUACUCAGGGGCUGCUUUCAAUUUAGGAAAACAGAUUUUCUUCCUUUAAAUAUUUUAAGUGAUUUGUUGUUCUAUUACACAUCAAUGUAGUAAUAUUUAUAAGUGGCUCAAAAUAUUUGCAACAUUUUUAGGCUAUUGAAAGGAGAAUAAUAAACAUCAAACACCUGUAAUUAAAAAAAUUCAUAAAAAUAUGAAUUGUGUAUAAUUUUUUAGAAUUUGAUUUAGAGAGGAGAGUCUUCAUUAUUCAAACAUCUUUUCCUCCUCAAAACUUUUCAUCUUCAUCCACAUUGUAUAAUAUAAUUUUGUAAAUAAAUCUAUUUU